UGAGACUGUGGAGUUGUCGGAGAGAGGGGGGGCAGGUAGAGAGUAGAGAGGAGGGAAGGCUAGUGUAAAAAAAAUUAAAAAUAAAUAGCAAUAGGAAGAAGCAAUAUACGAAAGUUAUCAUGGCAUCGGGGGACACCCUGUACAUAGAAACAGAUGGCUCAGAAAUGCCAGCAGAAAUAGUUGAACUGCACGAAAUCGAAGUAGAGACAAUCGAGACCACAGUUGUUGGGGACGACGGAGAGCACCAGCCUAUGAUCGCCCUGCAGCCUCUCGACACGGAUGAUCCUAACUCGAUUCACCCGCACCAGGAGGUGAUUUUAGUGCAGACAAGAGAAGAGGUGGUGGGCGAGGAUGACUCCGAACUGCACACAGAGGACGGUUUCGAGGACCAAAUUCUUAUCCCAGUGCCCGCCGUGGAGGAGGACUAUAUCGAACAGACUCUGGUUACUGUGGCCGGGAAAAGCUCGUCAACAGGCCGGAUGAAGAAGGCUGGGAGCGGAAAGAAAUCGGGCAAAAAGAGCUACCUGAGUGGAGGGGAAAUGGGCAGAAAAUGGGAACAGAAGCAGGUCCAGAUAAAGACUUUGGAAGGGGAAUUUUCAGUCACUAUGUGGGCAUCGGAUGACAAAAAGGACAUAGACCAUGAGGAGCAAAUCGCAGGAGAAAACUCACCUCCAGAUUAUUCUGAAUACAUGACGGGAAAGAAGCUUCCUCCUGGAGGCAUCCCAGGCAUUGACCUGUCAGACCCCAAACAGCUGGCAGAGUUUGCAAGAAUGAAGCCAAGAAAAGUAAAAGAAGACGAUGCGCCCAGGACGAUAGCCUGUCCACACAAAGGAUGUACCAAGAUGUUCAGGGACAACUCUGCAAUGAGAAAACACUUGCAUACCCACGGGCCUCGUGUGCACGUCUGCGCAGAGUGCGGCAAAGCGUUUGUCGAGAGUUCAAAAUUGAAGAGGCAUCAACUCGUACACACAGGAGAGAAACCUUUCCAGUGCACAUUCGAGGGCUGUGGCAAGCGGUUCUCCCUGGACUUUAACUUGCGCACACAUGUGCGUAUUCACACUGGAGACCGUCCGUAUGUUUGCCCCUUUGAUGGGUGCAACAAAAAGUUUGCCCAGUCAACCAACCUGAAGUCUCACAUCCUCACACACGCCAAAGCCAAAAAUAACCAGUGAACGAGCCACGCUUCAGGCGAACGGCAGCAUAAAGCAAACACUGGAGGAUUUGACCUGUGUCUCCACUCCUUGACAGCCAAAUGUUCCGUGGCCUGCUUUGUUGUGAGAUAAGAAGUCCCUUUGUAUUGCCUCUAGGUAAAACGUUUUAAAGAGAGAAAGGCGUCUUCACGAACUUUUUGAUAUACACACGGAGGUUUGAACAAGCAACUUGUGAGAACUCCGACCCCCUCAGGCCUCUUUACCCUACUUUGGCUCUACCUGGAUGGAACAACUUACAGUUUCUUCUUGUGAAGAUGUUAUUUCAUGGAUCUGCACCCAAGAAACUUAUUUAUACCUUAACACAACCAGUUACAAAUUUUUUGCAAUAUCCUUCAAAUUUGCAUCAAUCCUUAGCAAUGACACAUUUUCAAUUUUGUACUCUUCCCUGAGUGUGCAUAUUGUACACUAAUCGACAUAAGCCCUCUUCAGACAUGGGAUCUGUUAAAGUGAUGUCCUUCAGCCAUAGGUCAAUUUCAUAUUUAUGUUCCUCAAAGUUUUAUUUAGACACACACAAGAGUGAUGGAGAGAGUACUUGCAGUACUUGCCAUUCCUGGAAAACACGUUUUGACUGUGACAACAGGUUUCUCCGGAUUGAUUCUUAUCAAAGCAGGUUGUGUGAGUCUAUAAAUGUGUUGCUCAGAGAGCUGCACACUGCCCCCGACACACAGUCUCAGAGAAAGAGCGACGUCUCUUCUGUUCAUUUUUUUUUUUUUUUUUUUCUUAUUUGAAAGAGGAAUGUCUUAUUAUGAAUUAGAAACUGAGUUUAGAGAGAUUAAAUGUGUUGCUGUGGGCACUUCCUAGUGAGGUGAGCAGCUCAUGAGGUUAAACUGGAGGCGUGCACAGUCAGAGUUACUUGGGAUGUCUCUCUGUUAUGUGACUGCAUUCAGAUUUGUGUUCUAAGUUAUGAGUAAAUGAUUCCAGGCCCAAAUUAAUGAAAUUGCCAUUUACAUGAAAGUGCACAUAUACUUACGAAGCUGACGCAUUCAGAUGCCGUCAGAUUAAUGGAAGGGAUCGCAUGUCUGAAAGGGGCUGUAAGCUCUGUGGUAAUGUAUGUAGUCAGGUUGUCUCUGUAGCUCUUCUUGGAAGAGGUUUCAGUUUGUUUCACCUCCUCCCUUUCUUCCUCAUGAGUGUGCUUGAGGAGAUGAUUGGGUGGUCUUUGCAUAUUUUCAUUUUUUACAACACAAUAUUCCUGUAGAUCAUAGACAUGUGCUUUUCAAUAGUAAUCAGUGAUUAAAAUGUUUCCCCCCUUGC